CUGUUACAGGGCUCGGUGUUGUUCGAGGACAUAUCUGUGGACUUCACCCAGAAGGAGUGGCAGCUGCUGAACCCUGCCCAGAGGCUCCUGUACAAGGAGGUGAUGCUGGAGAACUACAGGCAGCUGGUGUCACUGGGGCACUGUGUCACCAAACCUGAGCUGGUACUCAAGCUGGAGCAAGGAGAGGAGCCAUGGGCACCAAAGAGGGAGCUUCCAAGUCAGAGUCGCCCAGGUGAGUUCACGAGGGUAGAGAGAAGGCAACUGGUGGAAGCUGGAUGCCAAGUGGCCAGGUCAGAGCAUUUCUGAAAGUGUUUUAGAGGCUUUUAGAAGUGACUAAAGACAGU